GGGGGCGUGGUGGCCUAGUCCCCCACGUGGCUUUGAUAAUAAUGGCAGUAGACCUUGGAGGAUUGGGAGCAUUUCUGGACACCUCGGGCUCCAAAAAGCCUAAGAAAUCCAAAAAGAAGUUGCAGCUGCGUGGCAAGGAGUCAGCUGAGAGUGAUGGAGAUGAGAUACUGUAUGAUGCGCAUGCUUCCUCGCUCUACAAAGAUGAGGUAGAGGAGAGGCUGGAAUCACUCGUAUUCGGCACUCAACCAUUUGUUGGGGCCACUGAGGAUGGGUCUGAUUCUGAACAGGGCGAGCCAGAUGCUGGGGAUCGGGAAGGGAAGCCUUCGCAGUUGCAGAAAGCUUGGCAUGAUGAAGACGAUGAUAAUAUAAAUGUGGACGUUGUUUCAAAUAAGAGGCUGAGAAAAUUGCGGAGAAGUGAGAGCGAGAAAACUCUGUCCGGAGUGGUAUAUAACCAGCGACUAAGAUCACAAUUUGAGAAGUUGCUAGGGCAGCCAGACUGGGCAGCUGUCGACUCUGGGCAGAAGAGAAAGCGUCGACGUCAUGCUGACAGCUCUGAUUCAGAAUCUGAUGAAGAAGAUCAACAGUUACUACAAAAGACAGGCAACCUUCUCUCCAGCUCUGUCGAGAGACUGCCUAAAGAUAUAAUCGCUGUGAGCAGACUCAAGGAUGCCAAUCACACAAAGAGGGCUCAGUCAGUUGUGAGGGCAGUGGAGUUUCACCCGACAGCUGAUGUUCUCCUCACUGCUGGUUUCCACAAGACCUUGGAUUUAUUCCAGGUGGAUGGUCAGGUCAACCCCACCCUCCAGAGUGUCCACUUGGAGCGGUUUCCCAUCACCACUGCACACUUCACUAAGGACGGUAGAGAAGUGGUGAUUGCAGGACAGAGGAAGAGCUUCUUUGUGUAUGACAUGGUGGCCGGCAAGAUUACACACAUUCCUGGAAUUAGAGGUAGAGAAGAGAGGUACUUUGACAAGUUUGUUGUCUCCCCUGACAACCAGCUGCUGGUUUUCCUUGGCAAAGACGGCUACAUGCCUCUUGUCUCCAACAAGACUAAACAAUGGAUAGGAGACCUGAAAAUGAAUGGGAGAGUGUGCGAUGUGGCCUUUACCCCAGACAGUCAACAUUUACUCUCCUCAGGAAGUGACGGCAAAGUGUAUGUGUGGGACAUGUCUACUCGAGACUGCGUUCAUUCCUUCACAGAUGAGGGUUGUCUGACGGGCACAAAGCUGGCCGUCUCUCCCAACAGCCAGUACAUUGCCUGUGGCUCUGACAGUGGAGUGGUGAACUUGUAUGAGAGUGAGCAGUGCCUGAGAAGUGGCUUCCCCAAACCCCUCAGGGCGGUCUCUAAUCUCACCACCUCAAUAGACCACCUGUGCUUCAACUCAACAAGUGAGAUGCUUGCUACUGCCUCCCAAAAGAAGAAAGAUUCCCUGAGGCUGGUGCAUAUGCCAUCUCUGUCUGUGUUUUCCAACUGGCCCACUCGCAAGACACCAUUCAGCUAUGUGUCUGCAUUUGACCUCUCACCCCAGAGUCGCUACCUCGCUAUCGGUAACGACAAAGGAAAGGUCCUCUUGUAUAGAUUGAAUCAUUACCAUGCUGGGAAAAUGCUGUAAUGCUGACCUCAGAACUAUUAGUAAACAACCACAUGGACACAAUGUACCACUAUAUUAUAUAGCCCAUUGUUAUCAUGUACAUGUGUAUCACAUGCUUCUUUGUCUAUGGGAAUUAUGUGAUUUGGUCA